AUGGCGCGGGCGGGGUCGCCCCUGGAUGGCGAUCCCUUUGUGAAGAGGCGGUCGCGGACGGAGCGCACGGCUGCGAGGCGGCGCGCGGUGGCUGCGGCAGACUCUGGUCUGGCGGCGGCCCUGGCGCGCGUGCAGGAGCUGGAGAUGGCCUUCGACAUGCUGGUCGGCGAUGCUGGUGUCGCUGAUCAAGUUCGAGCUCUUCUGCCAGCGCUCUCCGCGGACGCUCGCGGAGUGGAGCCUGCACGGCUGGACAGGCUCCGCAGAAAUGUGGUCCUCCACGCCGCCGCGCACGGGGUGGUGUCGCUGGCGACGGCGGACGUGCGUACCCUGCGGGCUGCGCAGCAGCACGGCCCUCGCUUGGGGCCCCCGGCGCUGGACGUGCUGGGAGCCGCUGUCGAGGGGAAUGCGCUGUACUUGUCGAGCGGCUCUGUCUUCUCGGACCUCGGCGGCCCACCCGUCGGGUUUCCGCGAUACACGGGGACGCCACGAGCGCCCAGGAACGACGUGGAGGGCGAGCGGAUCUCCCCUGUCACGCCCCUCGCGAGCGCGGCGCAACCCUCCGAGAAGGAAGGGCAAGUGGAUGAUGGCAGCAUGGCAGGGAUCGCGAAGGUGCUGACUACAAAUAAGACCAAGACGGCAGUGAAAGGCCGCGGCCUCUCGGAUGGCCGUGAGAAAUCCGUCCUGCAGAUGGCGGGCAGCGACGACCAGGUCAUCGACAGCUUGUGCGCGCGGACCGCGCACGGGACGGAGCACGCAGAAGUGCUACUCCGCAGUGCGCUCUGGGAAGCGGCCGCAGCGCGCAGGCUGCUCCGCCGUGGCGGCACGGGGGCGAAGGCGGCGUGGCUGCUGCUGCGUGGGCUUCGGAGGAGCGACGUGCUGCGCGACACCGCCGCCCUCCGCGUGGCAGCGCUGCGGUGCGACGCCGCGGCGGAGGAGAUCGCCGGCGAGCUCGCGGGAGUCCGCGCGGACUCCCACGCGGAGGCCUCCGAGGCGCGCGGAGCGGCCGAGCUCGCCUGGGCGCCGCCCUCGCCCGCGCCUUCGGCGAGGAGGCGGUGGCGGGCGGAGCGGCAGACAGCGCGGCCCGCUGCCGACGCCCGCGCGCCCCUGGGGACGCAGCGGCGGACGCGGCGAGCUGAGGCUGUGCACGUCAUGGACGCCGCCUUCGACCAGGAGGCGGGCUUCGUGGGCCCAGGUCGGCGUGGGCAGAGCCUGGGGUUGAACCCAGGGUCGGCCUACGCUAACGAAG